UCGGUAUUCAUCAGUAAAGCCGGAAGUUUUUUGAAGUUCUGACACGUGUGUUUCAAAACAGUCACAAAUUUCUCAGUUAUCUUGCUAAAAUGGAAACUAAAAGUGUUGUAAAAGUCGGUUCUCGUAAGAGUCAGCUUGCAUUGAUUCAAACCAAUACUAUUAUCAACCAGCUGAAAAAACUCAACCCAAACCUUUCAUUUGAAGUCAUUUCUAUGCAGACAACUGGAGAUAAAGUGUUGGAUGCUGCAUUAUCAAAGAUAGGGGAGAAAAACCUGUUUACACGAGAACUAGAGCUUGCAUUGGAGAAGAAAGAGGUGGACUUUGUGGUCCACUCCCUGAAGGACCUCCCCACAGCCUUACCGGAGGGGCUGCUCAUUGGCUGUAUCUACAAGAGAGACAGUCCUUAUGAUGCAGUGGUGAUGCAUCCAUCAAAUGCUGGAAAGAAGCUUGAAGACUUACCAGAAGGAAGUGUAAUUGGAACAAGUUCUUUGAGACGAGCUGCACAGCUAGCAAGGAAGUUCCCACACUUCAAAUUUGAAAAUAUCAGAGGAAAUCUGAACACGAGGUUCAGGAAGCUGGAUGAGGACAAUAAAUACUCGGCCAUUAUUCUAGCAGAAGCUGGCUUGCAUCGGAUGGGAUGGCCGGAUAGAAUCUCUCAGGUUUUGGACAAGGAUACCUGUAUGUAUGCUGUCUCUCAGGGGGCCAUGGCAGUAGAGUGUAGGAACAGCGACCCCUUCACCCUCAGCCUCCUCUCCCAGAUCCACCACCCAGAAACCGUGAUUCAGUGUGUGGCAGAAAGGGCCUUCCUAAAGAAACUGGAGGGUGGGUGCAGUGUGCCAGUUUCUGCCUUCUCAGAAGUUAAAGAUGGAAAGUUAUCCCUGACUGGUGGGGUUUUCAGCAUUGAUGGAAAACAAGGCCGGAUAGAGUAUGCAUGCGACAGUCUUCCGGAGUCUAUUGAAGAGAAGGAAAAGCCAACUGUGUCUCCAAAUGGACCAAGAGAGUUUGCUGGCAUCGUAGGCAGUGAAAAAGUUUCUAUAGCAACCCUAGAGGUAGCUCAAAGAGUAGGACUUCAGGUAGCAGAACUUUUAUUGAAUACUGAGGCCAAAGAAAUUCUUGCCAAUGCCAAAGCAGAAACUGCAGCUGCUGUCAUUGCAGAGAAACAGAAAAAAGACGCUGAAAAAAUGAAAAACGAAGCAGAGAAACCCCAAGCCAAUGGAAUUAGCUAGAUAAGGAAAUUUGGUGGAUAAAUUAAAAUAGAAUUUGUCAAAGGUUAUAUUCUCUAUGAAAGGAUGAAAGAAAGCAUUUGUUCAUCACAUACAUGUAUACUGCUAUAUUGAAUUAUAAUAUAGAUGUGUAGAUUUUCAUCUAUUUGCUAGCUCUUGGGCUUAUGAUAAAAAUAGAUGUAUUGAAGGAAACAAAGAUUUCUUUUUUGCAAUAAUGGAGGUGAGAGUUAUCAUUCUUGUAUCACAAAUGCAUGAACGCAAAGUUUGUUGAAAAUUUAUUUAAAUUGGCAAUUUAUGUUUGUGAUGACAAAGAAUUUAUUUUAUUUACAUGCAUCUUUCACUUGGCAAGAACAUCCAAUUGUCUUUGUAAAACUUUGGGAAUUAAGUAUUAUGAUAUGCCAAAGAGACUUGUUUCAGUUAUAAUAUAGGGUGAACAUCUAUUAUUAAAGCAAUAAGUGCCUCUGGGUUGAGCAUAAUGAUUAAUGAAAUUGUUUAAAAACGCAAAAAAAUAUCGGAUCUGUUUUCAUCAGCAUUAUGCUAGCUUGCAUUUAAAAAGCAAUUCUGACUUUUUUCUUAGACUUAAGCAUGUUAUUGUAGAGUAAGUGGAAUUGAUUACCUGAUUCGAAAAUGGAGUUCAAUUUGACAAUGCUAGGAAAAAAGAAUAGAUUUUUUCUCAUGAUAUGAUAAUGGUACUUGUACAAGAAGAGUGUAUGUAGUUAUUUAAUAUAAAUGUAGUGAUUUUUUAAAUAAAGAUUUUAUUUUUUUUUACCAAAUGUAUUCAUUUUAUACAAGGAAAUGAAUGACAUGCUUUAUGUUCAAUAUAGUGUAUAUAAGAUAUUCUAUGAAGCCAUAUUUAUAUGAAUUAUUAAAAAUUAUAAUGGAAAGAUUGUUAUAGUUAGAUUGUACUGUGUUGUUAAUCUGCUGUAAAGGCAGUAUUUAAUGUGUCAUUUCUAGUGAAAUUUCUGUCACAAAUAUGCAAACAUUCCACUGAAGCUGCCCAAGUCUAUAGAGGUUUUUAUAUACAUGAAAAUUGCUGAAAUGAUUUUUAAAAAUUGAAUAAUGUUGACAAAAUAAAAUGAGAUAGUAAAAUCAAAGUCAUCCAACUUUUAUUGAUCAUGUUUAUUUUUUCUGUAUCAAAGAUGUUAUUUAGAGUGUAAACGGGUUCAAAAUGAACACGCAAAUGGAAAAAAAAAUUAGAUUUGUGUAAAAUGGCUAUAUAGUCUUUCGAUUGCAAUUGUAUUUCUUUUUUAUACACCAAAUCAUUUCAUUGGUACAUGUAAGUUAUUUAUGAGAAAACUUAUAGCACUUAAAUUAUCAGAUUACUUGACAAAUGAAAUGUUCAAAUAUCAUAGUUAAUUAUUUAUAUUCAGUGUAACAACUCUCUUUAAGAUCUUGAAAUAUGCAUGAAUUUAAUCUAUCCAUUUCUUAAAGAAAUAUCGUCCACAAAUAUGAUGUUUUUGUUAACACACACUGCCAUUUACUCUGUAUAUAGUUAUAUAUCAGCACGUAGGAGGGCAUUUUUAUUGAUUUUUGCGUUAUGAAAAAUGUCUGAAAAGUAUUUCUAUUUUCAAAAGUUCUAAUUUAUCUUAUAUAUGACAUGUCUAUGAAAGUCCCUGAUCUAAGACAGCGCUUUAAGCGCUGUGAUCAGCAAGCGUGAGAAAUUUAGUAGACUUUCAGACUUAGCUCGGUUAAUUGCGGUGGAUUGGUGGUGUUUUUCCCUUUUCAAGAUAAUGUACUUAAGUAAUUGAAAAUGCUUCUAUGUAGAUUGACGGUGGAUAUCUGCAGGAUUUAAGGGCUGUAGUUUAGCCUUUGAACCUCUCGCUCCGUGUGCUUAACGUCGCUUGUCUCUGGGCGGUACUAAGUAUUGCUCUGUCUCUUUGUUUUAUAACUUAAAUGGUGGUCCUGGCUCAUUAAUGUGAUCAAGGAAUAUAAUAUUUUUUAAUCAAUUAAUGGAAACGUUCUCAGUCUCAUUUUUAGCCAGCAUCUAUGAUGUGUGGUAUUUUAGUAUUUUUUUUUUUAUCUUUUUUUUAAACGAACCAAAGGCGAUAAAACAGCUUUAAUAACUCAAUGAAUUUCGUAUUUUGGGAGAAUACUGUUUUUACGGACGACUUUUUUUUUCUCCCUACUAAAACAUAUUGUUUGCAGUUCCAGUCCCUGUACAGUUGCGUCCGUCGGUAUCAAAGUGUUCCCUCAGACACCCAGCUACGUUUCGUCCGUGUGCGUCUCGUGAAAUCAUCUUUUUGAAUGGUUUUAUUAUUGACACAUCCUUAGAAUGUAAGAAGAGGCUAUUAAAUGCAUGAUUAGGCAAAUGACACCCAGAGAGCUUUCUCUACGUGAACAGAAGCAAAAUCCUGAGAGAAAUUUUAGUUUGUUAUUGAUGAACUGAGUGUAUUUAAACACGUUUAGAGACAAGUUGAUUCAAUUUAUUUAAUUUUUAAGGAGAAAAAGUAUUUUGCAAAAUAAAGGAUUGGCGUAUUUGUGAUAUUUCUAUCGGUUUUAAGUGUAUGAGUAUACUUAAUUGGUUUGCGUUGGAGAAAUUUUAUUUUUGUUUAACCCGUUAUAAUGUAAUUUAAUUAGGCAAUGUAAUUCUCUAUCUGAAAAUGUAUUAUCAAAACGAAAGAAGAAUUAAAGGGUUUAUAAAAAGUUGUUUUUAAUUUUGCCUUAUUGCGUUGUUGAAUGGUUUAAACAUUUGAUAGGUAUUUGAAUGCAUUGCUUAUUUAGAAUUACAGUUGUGCUAUUUUAAAACUGAACUGUAUUUGUAUUGUGUACGUUGAUGUACUUAUUGCUAUGUUACAUACAUAUUUAUUAAAAGAAUAAUGC